AUGACGAAGACAGCUUCGGCGAAACGCAAGCGCGCCGAGCGCGAGGCUCUCAAGGAGUCGGAGCGAGCCACGAAGCGCACCAAGAGCGGCGACCCGGAAGACCUCUACGACAAGAAGCUUUUCGUCGAAAAGUCCGCCGGCGCCGACCGCGUGCGCGAGGCCAGGCUCUACGAGCUCCUGGGAAGCGAAGACUCUGACGAGCGAGUGGCCGCUGCCGAGACUGUCAUCGCCAGCCUGCUCGACGGUGAUGGAGUCCCCGAGGACGUCCUCAAGCGCCACCUCGACUGGCGCCUCUUCCGUGGCCUUGCGAGCGGUCGCGCCGGCGCCCGUCUCGGCUACAGCCUCGUCAUCACCGAAAUUCUGCGCCAGCUGUUUGGUGGCGACGCAUUGAGCGCCUCCCGAUACCCCGGCCUGACCUUCGACAAGGUCCUGGACAUCCUCCACGAGCGGACCAAGCCGACGGGACACAUGACGGGUCAGGAAGAGAGGGACUUUUACUUUGGCAAGCUGUUCGGGCUCGACUGCUUCGUGCGCGCGGGCUUCCUGGACGACGACCUCGACAAGUGGGACAAUAUUCUGCAGCAGCUGCUGGACCUUGCCGACAAGAAGGUCUGGCUGCGGUCGCACUGCGGCUGGGUCGUCAUGCAGGCGGUGCCCAAGCUCAAGGCUGAUGUUGUCGCCUCCAUCAUCCAGAAGCUCAAGGCCGCCAAGUGGACCAAGACCCCCGAAGGUGUGGGCAUCUGGCUGGCGGCGCUCGAGACGCACCCCGAGCUCGACGGCCAGGGCGUCGAGAACCCACUGGAUCCCAAGGUCCUGCCCAACCUGCCGGCCAUUCUCAAAGACAGCGUGUCGGGCGAGGAAGCCGAGGAGGAGAGCGCUGCGAAGACGAAGAAGAAGACGGCCAACUGGUCGCACCAGCUGCACUUUGUCUGGCCCUACCUGCUCGGCUACUACGUCAGCAAAGGCGCCGUCACCGACUUUGUCGCUUUUUGGAGGCGUGCUGUCGAUGACAACCUGUUCAUCAAGAGCGCAUCCGAUGGCCAGAAGCUGCGUGGCUUCGUCGUCCUGCAGACGCUGUUGAUGCACCCCCUCGAGGGCAACGAAUCGACCCUCGAAAGUUUCCUCCCCCACAUGUUCAGCAAGAACCUCAUGACCUGCCUCAUGAACCAGGCCGCGAGCGAGGGUCGCUACCUCCACCGCGCCGCCUGCGCCACCCUGCGCACCGUUGCCCAGGCGGCCCAGCGAUCCCCCGAGUUCACGAGCAUCAUAAUCGAAAACUUGACCACCAACAACGGCGUUUACAACUUUGAUGUCAGGACGGGCGCCAAGACGAUCGAGACGGUCCUCCAGCGCAUCAAGCCCGACGUGGCGGAUGACGUCGUUGGCGUGCUGAGCGCUCCCGUCAUCAAGUCGUGCACAACCGGAAAGGACAUGGACAAGGUCAAGGUCGAGCUGCGCGCCUACGUCGAGUAUCUCUUCAAGAUGGCCACGGCUGCGCCCGAGGCGGCUCUCCAGGAGCUCAUCUCCCUGGCGUACGCGCCGCCGAUCUGGGUCCCUGAAAAUGCGUCCGAGUUCGUCAAGGAUCUGAGCCGGAACCGCCUCCAGUCGGCGUUUGCGAACCUGUCCAAGAAGGCCGAGGACACGACGUAUCUCUGCACCGCCAUUGAGGCCAUCAGCCCGGACUACAUCCAGAUGGACGCCAAGCUGAAGAAGGCCGUCGCUGACGCGCGUAAGAAGCUCAAGGCCCUGCUGCAAACCGCCUCGGUCAAGCCCGCCGCCGACGGUGCCUCGGACGAGAUGAACGUGGCCAAGGGCCUCUCGCUCCUCUACGCGAUCGCCAUCUUCCAGCUCUACAACGCCGAGCCUGACGCGUUGCAACUUCUUGACGACCUCCGGGACUACCAGUCGCGGAUGAAGACGGACGAGGACGAGGCGGCCGAGUUUCUUAUCGAGAUUCUCCUCUCCAUGGUGUCGCAGGAUUCCGUGCUGCUGCGGCAGAUCUCGCAGCAGGUCUUUGGCUGCUUCGCCAGCCGCGUGACGUCCAAGGCGCUGGAGCUCCUUCUCGAUGUCUUGUCGGCGGAUGAGAACGCCAAGGGCCAGCAGUCAUUGUUCGACAUUGAGAACGACGACGUUGACCUGGAAGAUUUUGAGGAAGAAGACGACGAGGACGAGGAUGACGAGGACGAUGAAGAUGAUGACGUGGAAGAGAUCAACGUGGACGACGCCUCGGAACUGGAAAUUGAUUCUGACGUCGAGUUUGUCACCCUCAACGCCGCCGACGGCACAAGCGAGGAGAAGGAGGGCGAAGACGAGUCGGAUGCGGACUCGGAGGACGAGGCGGCCGAAGACGAAGACGCAGAGGAAGCCAAAAACCUCGAGGCCAUCGACGACGCCCUCGGCAAGAUUCUCAACAGCCACCGCCUCGACAAGGACGCCGACGCUUCCGACUCGGACGCCGACAUGACCGAUUCCGAAAUGCUCGCCCUCGACGAGAAGCUGUCGGCCGUCUUCAAGGACCGCAUCAAGACCAAGCCCAGCAAGAAGAAGGAGCGCAAGGCGGCCAAGGAGUCCGUCAUCAACUUCAAACGCCGCGUCCUCUCGCUGCUGGAUAUUUACAUCCGCUCCGAGGCCGGCAGCCCCGUCGCCAUCGCCGCCCUGCUGCCCCUCGUCCAGCUGAUCCGCACGACGACGGUCAAGUCGCUGUCCGACCGCUCGCUGGAGCUCACAAAGGAGUACCAGAAGCAGCUCAAGAAGGCGCGGGCGGCGAACAAGAAGCAGAAGAAGACGGUCAAGGUGGACGCCGAAGCCACGCUGCAGCUGCUGAAAGAUAUUCACACCGAGGCUGCGGCCAGCGAGAUGAACGACCACGCCAAGGCCGCGGCUGCCGCGAGCCUGAUUGUCGGAUCGACGCUGUUCAUCGCCGACAAGGCGAGUCGGCCGGCUGUCGAGGCCGAGUUUGCCAAGCUCGAGCGCAAGCCGGAGAAGAAGGGGCGCAAGUCGAACAAGAAGAAGAAGGCGGGUGAUAUCGACAUGGCCAUGGACUGGAAGAACUGGCGGCAGAACUAUGAGGCGACCAAGAGGAAGUAG